AGAUUGCUAUAUAUAUAUAUAAUCACCAGGGUUUUCUCUCCGUCGUGCUGCUAAACGUUUCCUUUCGUUUCUUUUAAACGCCUCUGUCGCACUGCUUCUCCUGCAGCUUCACCGUUGGAGGUGUGCCGUUUUUGGAUUGAAGGUGAAGUCGGCAGCAACAACACAAAAAGUCCCUCCCACGCAUUCGCUGCGGUAGCGCUGUUGUUUCCUCGGCCUGUUCGCGCAGCGCUGCAAAUACCGCCCCCCCCCCCUCCUAAAAGAGAAGCACACAUUUUCCUUAUCUCUACACUUAUUUCUUAGGUCCUGCAAAGGAGUGAUGUCCGCGGCAUCGUCGCCGACGUCGUUUCGCACAGAGAGCGACGGCUUCUUCACCAACGCCGAGAAAGAAGAGUUUCACUACACCGUCUUUGCCCCUUCCCGUACCGCGCCACCACCUGCGGAGACGGAUGGAAGUGUUCCCGUGCUGCUGUGCGUCCAUGGUGCUGGCAUGAGUGGCGACUGCUUCUUUCGGCUGGCGCGUGAGCUGCAACGGCGCAGUGAGGUCUCCAAGGAUGAUCAGGUCUCUUCACCGCUGCCUCCGCCGGCGUCCAGUGGCAAAGGACUGCCACCCAUGUCGGAGUCAGCGUCCUUGGCGAUGGAGGCGGUCGCCGAGGUGCGUGGCGAUGACAUGGACAUGCACAUUCUCACCUACGAUAUGCGCUGCCACGGGCAGUCUACCUUCGCCGGUGGAGAGAAUCACCUCGACAUGGAGGUGCUGAUGGAGGACUUCUUGAACUUUCUCCGGUACGCCAAGGAAGAGCUGUUUCCCAACAGCCACUUUUUUCUUCUCGGACACUCCCUCGGCGGAGCGGUGGUCGCGCGUGCGCUGAGCGGCAACAAAGCGGCACAGAAGCGCGUCUCGGGUUUUCUCAUGGUGGACACUGUCGAGGGCACCGCGCAGAUGUCGCUGGCACACAUGUCGGACUACCUCAAGAGGCGGCCCAGCUAUUUUCCCGCUGUGGACGAUGCCGUGGCGUGGUUCCUGCACUUCGGUGGGAUGCAAAGCGCGCAGGGCGCCGCGGUAUCCGUCCCGCCGCUGUUGAAGCAAAAUCCCACAACAGGACAGUGGCACUGGCGCACGGACCUGCACAAAAUGGAGGCGGUGUGGGGAGGGUGGUUCAAGGGCCUGGACGACGCCUUUGUGUCGCUGCCGUGCGCCAAGAUGCUGUGCACGGCAAACGCGGAGCGUCUGGACAAGGCGCUGACGGUGGCGCAGAUGCAAGGGAAGUUUCAGUUUGAGGUGAUCGGAAACGGCUGUGGGCACUACGUGAUGGACGAUGCAACGGCCACGUUGGCGGCAAAGGUGCGCCGUUUUGUGAAGCGAAAUGAACUUCUCGCGCAGAAGCUGCGAUAUUUGAACAUGACAGUUCCAAAGGACUACUUGUCCACCACGACGACCGCGAAGCCACCUAAUUGA